AUGGCCAAUCCCCAUGUGUUCUUCGAUAUUACCAUCGGCGGCAGAGAUGCUGGCCGCAUCGAGAUGGAACUCUUUGCUGACACCACACCCAAAACUGCGGAGAAUUUCCGUUGUCUCUGCACUGGGGAGAAGGGUACGGGCAAUUCCGGUAAGCCCCUUUCCUUCAAGGGGUCGGCUUUCCACCGUGUAAUUCCCGGGUUCAUGUGCCAGGGUGGAGACUUCACCCGCGGCAACGGAACUGGUGGUGAGAGCAUUUACGGAACCAAGUUCGCCGAUGAGAAUUUUACCAAGAAGCACACUGGCGCUGGUGUGCUCUCUAUGGCUAAUUCCGGGCCAAACACUAACGGAUCUCAGUUCUUCCUGUGCACUGCGAAGACGAGCUGGCUGGACGGCAAGCACGUGGUGUUCGGGCAGGUCUCGAAUGGCAUGGAUGUAGUGAGGGCGAUUGAGGAAGUUGGCUCCGAGUCGGGUAAAGUCAGCAGGCCUGUGGUCAUUGCUGACUGCGGCGAGAUUUAG